CACGUCACUAAUUUGUCGAUCGCGUUCGAGAUUCGCAGUAGCAUAUUUAAUUUGAUAUAGCUUUUUGUUUUGUUAACAUAAAAAGUUGUUUUCACCAAAACAGACCCGAAGUGGACGCUCCCUUUCCCAAAUAAAUUAAAUCAGUGGACCAUUAUUUAUUUCUUAAGACCAGGUUUCUUGGAUUAUACUAUAGCUUUGCAGUUUCUUCUUUGGUGGAUCCCUGAGGAGAUUGCGACGAUGUCCGGUGGUGGGGCGGAGGAGACGAAGAUGGACCAUCACAGUGUGGAGGAUGAGGGUGGGAUCAAUAGAGACCAGAAAGGCAUUCAAGCCAGUGAUAUGGUGGCAAACCCUCACAGCGCUGAAGGUGGAGAGAGUUUGGAGGAUGAUGGAAAGACCACUGUGAACGAGGAGAACCGGAAUGGCAUCCCAGCAGAUGAGGCCAUGCUGGCUCGUCAGAAUGUGGAUGAAGGAGGUGGUUUGGAGAAUGGUGGAAGGACCACUGUGGCCCAGAAUGGUUCCCCAACGAGCGAGACUGUGGCGAUGUCUAAGAGACAGAGGAAGCGGCUUCAGAGACAACAGCAGUGGGAGGAGCAGAGAGACCUGCGUAGGCAGCGGCGGAAGGAGAAGAAGCAGAAGCGGCGCCUGGAGCGAUCGGCGCAAUUUGAGGAUGGGGUCGAGUGCCCAGGAAGGAAACGACCGCGACGAGAAGCCACGCCCAGCCCUCUACGCCUUGUGUUGGACUGCAGCUUCGACAGCCUGAUGACUAUCAAGGAUGUAAAGAAGCUCCACAAACAGAUCCAGAGGUGUUAUGCUGAAAACCGCAGGGCUUUGCACCCAGUACAGUUCUACAUAACCAGCCACGGCGGGCAGUUAAAGCAAAACAUGGACGAGAAUGACAAAGGAUGGGUGAACUGGAAGGACAUCAGCAUCAGGUCGGAACACUUUGACCAAGUCCUAAACAAGGGUGAGCUGGUGUACUUGACCUCUGAUUCGCCCAACGUCCUGACCGAGCUGGAUGAGGGCAAGGCCUACAUCAUUGGGGGCCUAGUGGACCAUAACCACCACAAGGGAAUCACCUUUGAGCGUGCUAAAGAGCUGGGAAUUGACCACGCACAGCUCCCCCUGUGCACCUUUGUUAAGAUGAACAGCCGCAAGGUGCUGGCUGUCAAUCACGUUUUUGAGAUCAUCCUGGCAUACCUGGAGAAAAGAGACUGGCAGGAGGCAUUCUUUACCAUCCUCCCCCAAAGAAAAGGGGCAGUUCCCUUGACCCAGGAGGAUGGAGACAAUGGCCAGAACGAAGAGGUCAAGGACUCGGAUGUUGACUCUGAUUCGGAAGAGCCAAUAGCGCAGGACAGCACGCUGGGCCAAAAGGAGACAAGGAAUGAGGGAAACGGGGAGACCAAUGCAAGAACUGCAGCCUAAACCAAACUGGAUCUCAAGAUUUUUUUUUUUUUUUUUUUGGUGCAUAUUCUGUUUUUAAUUUUCUUUUUUAAAAGAGAGCGAUUGCCUUAAUUUCUGUUUUUUUUUUUUCCCGUGAACAACAGUUCUGCAUGGAAUAUAUGACAUAUGGAAAUGAGGCCUUUUAUUCUGAAUGUCAGCUGCAUAUUUUGCCAUAUCAAUGUGGUUUGGCAUUUUUUUAAUUUUGUAAGCAGCACUUCUGAGAUUCAGUUUUUCAGUUCAUUAAAUUGACAGAAAUUUGGUUGCUAUGUAGCACAACAUGCAAGACAUCUGUCGGUGUCCUGAAUCUAUAUGAAUUAAAAGACAUGCUAAUGUCAGACUUUGUUAGUGCUGUGUGACCGUUUGGCAUUUGUUGUUGUACAUUAAUCUGAAAAUGGCUGGACAGCUACUUGUUAUGUACAGAAGGAAGGAAUGUUUUCCUUUGGAUGUUGCAGUGAGCUUAUGCUGGCACUCACUCAGCGGAGAGCUUUGGCUGGGUCCCUGUUAGGCCUGGGUUUGACAUUGUCUGUCUUCAACCUUUAAUUCUGGACAUAAAGCUGACAAGAGGUAAGAAUCCCUGGAGUUCCAUUCAUAACACUGUCAGUUCCAUGCAAUUAAAUCAUAUUUAACUGAUGCCUUUGACCAAGGUGACUUACCCUGCAAGCAUCCACCCAUUUAUGCAGCAGGCUAAAUAAUGUGCUACCUGCAAGCUGGUGUCAUGCUGUGGGUGUAUCUGUAACUCCGAGGUGUAGUUUGCUCUGUCUGCCGUGUGUUUUUGUGUCACCUCUGCAUGAACAGUAACACCUGUGCCUGCAGCGAUAACAAAUGGCUGUAACAUGUCCCUUGGGACACGCGCAGAGAUACAGUUACCUGCUCAGUGAAACGGCGGCUGUCUGGCUAUUUUUGGUCCACUGCUUACCAGCCCCCGGCCCAAAUAUGUUUACCGUACUCAGGGCGCAGGAUCUGGUCUCCUUUCACCUCCCUGAAUGCUGUGUUCAGCUGUUGUUCAGCUCUUGUUCUCUACGGCAAGCAGAAACUCCGGAGAGCGACACAGAUAUGCCAAGUUCAUGUUGCAUAACCUCGAAUGCACUCAGCGGUCCUGGGUUCGA